AUGUCAGGCAACACCCUUAGAGGCACGCCCAAUCGCGGCCAGAGCCGUGGAGGCAUCCCCUUCAACAACAACAGCCCCUCUGCCACCGGCGCUCCUCAUGGCCCUCCCCAUGCUGCUGCCGCUUCCUCCGGCAUUCCUCGCCCAGUCCUCGAGACCCAGGCUACCCAGAGCGAAGUCGGUGGAGCGGGAAUGAGUGCCAGCCGUCAGAAGCAGUCCAAGAGAGAUGAGAACCCCCAUCGCAACAUGGGAAAUCUUACCUACCACGAGCUCGAAAGAGCCAGACUCCUCAACAACAUGGAUACUGACUACUACGUCAAGGCAAUCCGCAAGAAGAUGGAGAGCGAUCUCUCCAAGAAGAAGCACCUCACGAGCCGAGCCCGCCACUCGCGCAAGGCCCCACCGGGCACCGUCCUCGCCCUGAAGCCGAGUCCUGCCCUCCAGAUCAAGCCCGCCACCACCGUCGCCGAGGCCGCCCAGCUCAUGGCCGCCAAGCGCGAGGACUGCGUCCUCGUCACCGACGACGACGACCGAAUCGCCGGUAUCUUCACCGCAAAGGAUCUCGCCUUCCGCGUCGUCGGCGCCGGCCAGAAGCCGAACCACAUUACCAUCGCCGAGAUCAUGACAAAGAACCCCCUCUGCGCCCGCACCGACACGAGCGCGACCGACGCCCUCGACCUCAUGGUCCGCAAGGGCUUCCGUCACCUGCCCGUCAUGGACGAGAACCAGGACAUCUCGGGUAUUUUGGAUAUCACAAAGUGUUUCUACGACGCCAUGGAGAAGCUCGAGCGCGCCUACUCUUCUUCGAGAAGGCUGUAUGACGCCCUCGAGGGUGUCCAGUCCGAGCUCGGUACCAGCCAGCCCCAGCAGAUCAUCCAGUACGUCGAGGCCCUUCGUAGCAAGAUGUCUGGCCCCACGCUCGAGUCUGUCCUGGACGGACGCCCCCCGACCACCGUCAGUGUUCGUACCUCGGUCAAGGAGGCUGCUCAGCAGAUGAAGGAAAACCGCACCACCGCCGUGCUUGUUCAGGACCAGGGAGCUAUUACCGGUAUCUUCACCAGCAAGGACGUCGUCCUCCGUGUCAUCGCCCCCGGUCUGGACCCCGCGACCUGCAGCGUCGUUCGCGUCAUGACGCCCCACCCCGACUUUGCGCCCAUGGACAUGAGCAUCCAGGCUGCGCUCCGCAAGAUGCACGACGGCCACUACCUCAACCUCCCCGUCAUGACCUCUGACGGCGGCGAAAUCGUUGGCAUGGUCGACGUCCUCAAGCUCACCUACGCCACCCUCGAGCAAAUCAACACCAUGUCCACCUCGGACAGCGAAGGACCAGCAUGGAACAAGUUCUGGCUUUCCCUCGACGACGGCACGGAAUCCAUGAUGUCCGGCGAGGGCAGCCACACCCACCACACAAAUCUCGGCUCCCGCAUCAUGUCCCCGGACAUGACCCGCGAGCGCAUCGGAGACAGCGUUGCGCCCGGUGAUUCUGCCUCCCACGUCGGUAUUGAGUCGCCUCCCCACUCCAUCGUUACUGGCCACAGCCCGAUCCAGCAGUCUCCCGCCGAGCUGCCCUUCCCGUUCAAGUUCAAGGCGCCCUCGGGACGCGUUCACCGUCUGCAAGUCAUUGCCUCCCAGGGCAUUGGCGCCAUGGUCUCCAACGUCAUCUCCAAGCUUGGAAACGAAGUAGACGCCAUUGGUGGUGCUCCCGCUGUCGAGGAGGGAAGAAUUUCUGGCGGAUUUGCGCUCAGCUAUCUCGAUGACGAGGGCGACUCCGUCUCCAUCACGACAGACAACGACCUUCUCGAGUCCAUUCUUCUCGCCCGUCAGGGCCGCAGGGAAAAGGUCGACCUGUUCGUCCACGACCCCGAGAAGCCCCCUGUCGCCGCUUCUCUCCCCGUCGAGCCGCUGGCCCUUCCCACUCCCCCGAUUUCCGCCACCCCCGACUUGCGCCAGAGAAGGAGAUACGACGACGAGGAUGAUGAUGCGGAGGAUGAGGAUGACGAUAUUUCGCACGUUAGGAGAUCGCGUCGCUCGAGGUCGACCCCGCACGAGCCCGAACAGGUUAUUCAGGGCGUCCCGAACGAGCUGCUGCUCCCCGGUGCGAUUGUGACGUUGGCUGUUGUUAUUGUCGGUGUCUUCACCAUCUCGCGCCUGACCACGCGGGACUGCAGCAUCACCUCGAGACCACCACCGCAGCCGCCCACCAUGAUCGUGAGGAGCAUAGCUGCGCGGCACGGCCCCAGGGCUCUCACGCCCGUCGUCAGAUCAUGCCACCGCACCAUCCGCACCGAGUCCCUCACGGGCGAACUCUCCCAAGAGUCCAUCGAAGCCUUCACCGCCCGCGCCGCCAACAAAGCCGGCCGCGACCUGACCGAUGAGCAGCGCGCCCAAGUCAAGGCCCUCGAGACCCUCCCCCAAGCCCAUAGGAGGUUCAAGAAGCUGCAGAGGCAGACGCACCACAUCGGAUCGGCCGUCAACAGCGGCUACAUCCCCUCGCAGCUCAUCAAGGACCCGCCCUCCCCCAAGGACAUCACCCUCGAGCUCCUCAUGGCCUCGCAGACGCACAUGGGCCACCACACCUCGCUCUGGAACCCGGCCAACGCGCGGUACAUCUACGGCGCGCGCCAGGGCAUCCACCUCAUCUCGCUCGAGGUCACGGCCGCGCACCUGCGCCGCGCCGCGCGGGUCGUCGAGGAGGUCGCGUACCGCGGCGGCCUCAUCCUCUUCGUCGGCACCCGCAAGGGCCAGAUGGACAUCGUCACCAAGGCGGCCAAGCUCGCGGGCGGGUGUCACCUGUUCAGCAAGUGGACGCCGGGGAACAUCACGAACCGCGACAUCAUCAACCGCGGCAAGGAGAUCAAGGUCGUGGACGAGCAGGACGCGGUGCUCAAGGGUUUCGAGCGGUUCCAGCGCACCGCGAGGCCGUUGCUGCCGGACCUCGUGGUGUGUCUGAACCCGUUGGAGAACUAUACCAUGCUGUACGAGUGCGGACUGGCGAAUAUCCCGACGAUUGGUGUCAUCGAUACGAACGCCAGCCCGGACUGGGUUACGUAUACCAUCCCCGCCAACGACGACAGCUACCGCUCCAUCGCCGUGAUCAGCGGCGUGCUCGGCCGCGCGGGCGAGCAGGGCCAGAAGCGCCGUCUGGCGGACGCCGAGAACGGCGUGGUCGCGUGGCACAGCCCGACGGACACGCACCGGUUCAUUUCGAACGCGAAGGAGAAGUGGAGAAUGGAGAGGAAGCGCUGGGCCCACGACCACGCGGGCACGGAGCGCGAGGGCGGCGGCGGCGGCGAGGCGGCGCUGCUGGAGAUGGUGCAGGCGCAGCGCGAGCAGGCCAUGUUCGGGGACGCGGCGCUCGAGGAGGAGGUGCAGCAGGAGAUCGAGGCGGCCAAGAUGGCGGAGGGGGCGGCGAACUGGGAGUUGAGGAAGCAGUUGCUGGAGCAGUGA